AUGAACCCCACCGACGAGGAACUCGACCGCGACUGGCAACCCAAUGGCCGCCGACCUCAAUCCACAAUUGCUCGAUCUUUCAGUCAAGAGCUGAUGGAUAUCUUUCGGAUUGAAAACAGUCUUACCGACCUAGACGAACAAAUUAACAAGCGGAAGCAACAAGUCACAAGUGGUCAGACCGAAUUAGAAGCUCUCGAGGCCAGAAUUAAGGAGAUGGAAGAACGUCUGAAGCAGCAGAACCCAACAGCCGUCAGCAGUACGAGCCCACGGCAAGCUGUCGGCGAUGCGUUCGGCAAGACAGCAUCUACCGAGAAGGAGCUCGCACAGCAGCAGCAAAGGUCCCGACCAGGAACCGCAAAACAGGUACAGCAAGCACCUGCACAUGGAGGAGCUAUGCCUCCGACCCCCACAGCCAGCGAAGGUGAAUACGUACUUGUCAAACAUAGCUCCUCUGGUGACGGCGACGCUUGUUCUCGAACUUUUGCUGACUAUGUCUACCUUUCUCAAGAUGGUGGUGACCGCGACAACUAA